CUGUGCUCACGUCCUCGCUACUUCCUCCUGCGACGCAUUCCUCUAAAAUCACAAUGAGCAAGUCAAUGGCCUUGCGCCGUUUAAUGAAAGAGUACAAGGAACUCACUGAAAACGGACCUGAUGGUAUUACGGCUGGGCCCUCGAACGAAGAUGAUUUCUUUACCUGGGAUUGUCUCAUCCAGGGACCCGAUGGAACACCGUUUGAGGGCGGUUUGUAUCCGGCUUCACUCAAAUUUCCCUCGGACUACCCUCUGAGUCCGCCGACACUUAAAUUUGAGUGCGAGUUCUUUCAUCCCAACGUGUACGCCGAUGGAACAGUUUGUAUUUCGAUUCUCCAUGCUCCAGGUGACGACCCGAACAUGUAUGAGUCCUCUUCAGAGCGCUGGUCGCCUGUUCAGAGUGUUGAGAAAAUUUUGUUGUCCGUCAUGUCGAUGCUGGCUGAACCCAACGACGAGAGCGGUGCAAACAUUGAUGCCUGCAAAGUCUGGCGGCAGGAUCGGGAGGAGUACAAUCGCAUCGUCCGCCGCCUCGCUCGCAAGACCCUUGGUCUGUAGACACGGUGUGGGAGGGUAGUGGAGAACGGACGAGACACCGAGAAGUAAUGAUACCCAAAACUCUGUCCGUAGACAUGCUUACAAAGUACUCUCACUCACUUUCUCUCUCUCUCUUUUCACCUUUCUUUUCUGGGUGAAACAUCCGAGUCGUUCAGGCCCUGACCUUGUCUGACCUUAAUUGAUUCAGCUUUUAACCUCGUUUGACCCUGCUAAACCCGAUUUAACCUUGUUUUUUUCCUAUGCCUCUGUUCUUCGUCUACUAGCUGGCCAUAUCUACGUCGUUGGCUCCGUUCUCCGUGUCUGCCUCGGCCUUCGCAAUCUCGUAGUCGAGGAACAGUUCCAUGACCUUCUGCUUGUUCCGAAUGUCGGCUUCGUACAGACAAGUCUUAUCGUAGUUGUUCUUUACGUGGGGAUCGCCGCCGUUGUCAAGCAGAAGCUUGCAUGCAUCGACGUGUCCGUUCAUGGCUGCCCAAUGCAGAGGAGUGUUUCCGCUGCUGUUUUUGGAGUUUAUUUCAUCGGGUUUUAAGUGAGGCAGUAGCUUUUGAACCACCUCUGUAUGACCAUUGGCACAUGCCAUGUGUAAGGCCGUGUUACCGUUUUCAUCUGCUUUUCCCAGAUACGACGGCAGCUUCUCAAUGACUUCGUCAAGGAACUCCAGGUCGGCUACACGCGCAGCGUAUACCAAGUCAUCGACAUCCAUGUUGCGGCUACAGGUGAAGAUGGAUUAGGGAAGAACAGGUAUCAA